UGACUUGAGCUCCAUCGGAGGCGCCAUUGCUUUACAUCGCUGUAGUUCAAGUUUUCCUCCCCACACAUGGAAAGUCAGUUAUGCGGAGAAAAUAAAAAGACUCCAAGCCCCAGCGACGGUCGCUGCUCCUUUUCUCGUCAAGCAGGGGGAGUAGACACCGCUGGAGGGAAUAAAGAUGCGCAUGAAUUUACAAUCUGGAAUAAAAGAUAAGAGAAAAUAAAUGGACGGCUCGGUUAGUCUCAGCUCGCCUACAUGUAAGACUAAUGUCGGAAUUUGUUAUGUAAACUACGACGCGGCGCUCUCGCGUGUGACUUCCAUCAAGUGCAGAAUUUGAAACUUCAGACUCCGCUUUCCUCAGUUGAUGGAGUUACAAAGUUUCUGUAGUAAACUCACAAUGGAAAGACAAGCGCCCUUCGCUGACUGUGAAGGCUUCCUGUGGUCAGAAUGGAUUACUGACCUCAGUGAGGAGAAGGAGCGCCACUUCAGGAUAUGAUGCACUUUGCAGUGAGAAGUCUGCGUAUUGUUCACAGACUUUUUCUUCAUCGCCUACCCAUCAAGUGAAUGAGUGUGUGUUCUGUGAACUCAGGUGAGCGGAUCACCUAUUACCCCUUUUAAUUCAUGAAAAACAAUGUUACUUUAUGAAAUCAUAUAUUGCUGACUUGCUACCAGUGAUGAAGACCAACGAUUUCACCGACCAAGAGUCAACUGUGUUUUUUUCUGUCAGCCCUCACUAAAGCCUCCACUAUUCAGCAUUCCACGUUGCCUUUGGAAGAAACCCAAUGUCUGCCUCCUCUCCCCCAUCCUUACCUCGAGCCUUCCUCCACUCUCUCCAUCCGCACCACCCAUCCUCGCCGUCCGCCCCGUCGCCAAGCCCACCCGGACUGCUGUACGCACGGCUGUCCAACGGCAGUCACAGCGUCCCCAGCCCUACUAACUCCCGCAGCUCUUUCCAUGGGGUGUCCUUCCUGCUGCAGAUUGGACUGACCAGAGAGACGGUGAACCUGGAGGCCAGUGACCUGUCGCUGUCUUCUGUUAAGGACCUGGUGUGCUCCAUAGUGGACCAGAAGUUCCCAGAGUGUGGCUUCUUUGGCAUGUACGACAAGAUCCUACUGUUCCGCCACGACUUAAACGACGAGAACAUCCUGCAGAGGCUAACCUCGGCAGAGGACAUCCAUGAAGGAGACCUCAUUGAGGUGGUGCUAUCUGCUCAAGCCACAGUUGAGGACUUCCAGAUACGACCCCAUGCCCUUUAUGUCCACUCCUACAAGGCCCCCACCUUCUGCGAUUACUGCGGGGAGAUGCUAUGGGGUCUUGUCCGGCAGGGGCUCAAAUGUGAAGGAUGUGGGCUAAACUACCACAAGCGCUGCGCCUUUAAGAUCCCAAAUAACUGUUCUGGUGUCCGGAAAAGGCGAUUGUCCAAUGUCUCACUGCCUGGCCCCUCCCUCACCGUCCCCCGACCGGCACCUACCGAAAAUGCCCCGGUCAUCCUGGACGAGCAGAGGUCCCAUCAGGAGGCAGGAAAGCGGAUCCUGUCCUGGAGUGGCAGGCCUAUCUGGAUGGAGAAGAUGGUGCUGGGGCGGGUUAAGGUUCCACACACCUUCGCCAUUCACACCUACACUCGUCCCACUAUCUGCCAGUACUGCAAGCGUCUGCUCAAGGGUCUCUUUCGCCAGGGCAUGCAGUGUAAAGAUUGCAGAUUUAACUGCCAUAAGCGAUGUGCUUCAAAGGUACCUAGAGACUGUUUGGGGGAGGUGGACUUCAAUGGAGAGCCAGCCAGUCCUGGCCCGGACUCGGACACUACCAUUUAUACUAUGGAGGUGGACAGUGGCGAUAUGGAUGGCGGCAGAGGACUGGACGACCCAGAGGAACCUUCCACUCCAGAUGAGAGGAUGUUUGACAUGGAUUCUCCCUUAUUGGAUCGAGAGAAGGACGAAGAGCCCAUCAAAACAAUUAGCCCUUCCACUAGCAGCAACAUCCCUCUGAUGCGGGUGGUCCAGUCCAUCAAACACACCAAGAGGCGGAGCUCCACUGUGGUGAAGGAGGGCUGGAUGGUUCAUUAUACAAGCAGGGACAACCUGAGGAAGAGACACUACUGGAGGCUGGACAGCAAGAGUCUGAGUCUCUUCCAGAAUGACACCGGAGCCAAGUUCUACAAAGAAAUCCCUUUGUCCGAGAUCCUCCAGGUGGAACAGUCCAAAGACUACAGGACUUUGGCCCAGGGCAGCAACCCACACUGCUUUGAGAUCAUCACAGCCACCAUGGUCUACUAUGUAGGGGAGAACAACUGCAGUCACUACCACAGCCCCUCUCUGGCUGCCUCAGGAGUUGGUAUGGAUGUGGCUCAGGGCUGGGAGAAGGCCAUCAGACAGGCCCUGAUGCCUGUCACCCCUCAGCCCAGUGUGGCCAGUGCUGCUGGCCAGGGCAAAGAUCAUAAAGAGCUGUCCAUCAGCAUAUCUGUGUCCAACUGCCAGAUCCAGGAGAAUGUGGAUAUUGCCUCAGUGUACCAAAUAUUCUCUGAUGAGGUGCUGGGAUCCGGCCAGUUUGGCAUUGUGUAUGGAGGCAAACACAGAAAAAGCGGCAGAGAUGUGGCCAUCAAGGUGAUUGACAAGAUGAGAUUUCCUACUAAGCAGGAGAGCCAGCUAAGGAAUGAGGUGGCCAUAUUACAGAAUCUGCAUCACCCGGGUAUCGUCAACUUGGAGUGUAUGUUUGAGACGCCGGAGCGGGUGUUUGUUGUCAUGGAGAAACUGCACGGCGACAUGCUGGAGAUGAUUCUUUCCAGCGAGAAGAGCAAACUGCCAGAACGAAUCACCAAGUUCUUAGUCACACAGAUCCUGGUGGCCUUAAGACAUCUGCACUUCAAAAACAUUGUUCACUGUGACUUGAAGCCCGAGAAUGUACUACUGGCCUCCGCGGAGCCCUUUCCUCAGGUAAAGCUGUGUGACUUUGGCUUUGCCCGUAUAAUUGGCGAGAAGUCGUUCCGGCGGUCUGUAGUUGGCACUCCGGCCUAUCUAGCUCCAGAGGUGCUGCGUAGUAAAGGCUACAACCGUUCCUUAGACAUGUGGUCAGUGGGAGUUAUUGUGUACGUCAGCUUGAGCGGGACUUUCCCUUUUAAUGAGGACGAGGACAUUAAUGACCAGAUCCAGAAUGCUGCCUUCAUGUACCCCCCUACCCCCUGGAAGGACAUCUCCGCAGAGGCCACAGAUCUGAUCAACAAUCUUCUCCAAGUCAAGAUGAGGAAGAGGUACAGUGUGGAUAAGUGUCUCAGCCAUCCCUGGUUACAGGACUAUCAAACAUGGCUGGACCUCAGGGAGUUUGAGACGCGGCGAGGCGAGCGCUACAUCACCCAUGAAAGCGACGACGCACGCUGGGAAGAGUACGCAGACGAGCACAGUCUCGUUUACCCCAAACACUUUAUCAUGGCUCCCAACCUUGAUGACAUGGAAGAGGACCCCUAGUGGUACAGGGGACUUGCUACACCACAUGUAUUAAAGGCCAAGGAUGCAGGGACUUUUUAAUGAAGCUGUGGGAGCGGCGGAUUUCCCCUCCAGAACUGUUUGUUGUGGAAACAGAUCGGAUAAGCCAAUCAGGUGGAGAAUCACUCUCCAGAGGCUUUCAAAGUGGGGAAAAGACAGCAUUGUAGCAUGAUGCACAACUGCUACAAGCAGUACGCAGGUGGAGCUGCGUGUGGCAGAAACACAUUGAGAAACUGUCAGGAGAGAAGAGUUCUUGUCUUCUGUUUGCACAAUAUCAAAACAUUCCAUGAAUUUACUCAAGUUUGGUUCUUUCAGUCACAAACUAAAACAAGGUGAACUUAAUAGUUUAGUUGUUCUACACACAAUUUUGAAUAACUUUGAGUAAUAAUAUGACUCUGUUCUUUAUCUUUAUGUGAGAGAAGAGAUCGGAGAUUGAGAGCUUACCCAAGGAGUAAAGGGCACUUUUCACAAGGGAUUUACAGUCUGAGAAUUUAAAACGUUGAUUUUUGUUCUCAUUUCCCAACUGUUUGUGAGACUGUCCUUUGGUAUUGAACUGGAACUAUCACAUAUAUGUGUAUGUUAUUUUUUUGUAUGUUAUGUAUUUGUGCUAGAAUUUUGCACUAUUGCAACUGAACAUAGCAAUUGAAUAGAAACACUAUUCGCUGCUACAGAGAGCAUCCGGUCUAGGUAGUUUUACCCAGAGAUAAUCAGCAGAAGGUUGUUGCAACUCACGCAGUAUUGGCUGCUUUGGCACAAUUUAUUUUAAACAAACCUCUUCAGGUAUUUUCAACCAACAUGUCAUUAGAGUAUGAUCUGUUGGCAGCUAAUAGCGUGCAAGUUUGAUGAACUUCCCCCUGGAUACAGUGACCAACCGACCCUGACCAAAUAUGUUCAUUUCAAUGUUUCCGAACCUUUUCUAAAUUUUACAUUAAUUUCUUGACUCACUGAAUUGUCAGUAAAUGCAAUAAUGGAGCCAUUAUUUCUUCGUUUCAACAUGAGGCUAAAACAACAUGAACUCUAUGUAUGUUAAAGCAUCAUGUUUCUGUGUAUCCUUUCCUGCAGUAUUCUGUAAUGUGACUUUUUAAGAACUCCAAUUCUGGAAUAUGUGUUUUUGAUGCUCCUUAGCUAUCUGAAGUUGAAGUUGAAGUCUGAAUUGCAUGGCCAGAGGCGGCCAAGUGAGGUUUUACAUAGAACAACAUAUCUGUGUCAGUUUUCAUUGUUUAUUAUGUUGUCUGAACCGUUUCAAUAGCCCUUUUUGUCUAGACAGUAGACACAGUAGAAACUAGGUAUACUUGCAAUUUGGUUCACAUGGGAGUUUAUUGGACUACAGUUUUGUAGUUUUUUUCUGUUGGUGUAUUUUGGGAGUAUGUUCUUGUUUCCUGUUGUCUUCUUCCUGUCUUUGUUGCCGCUGGAUUGGCAGGUGUCAGUGUUUUGUAUAUUUCUGUACAUACCAAUGGAAUAAUAACUCAACUUCUCAACUGAGAAUGAAAAGUUUUCUUCAAGCUC